AGAUUGCUCACAUUUGCACAUGUUCUAUAGCUGUACAUAUCCACCUUCCGUUUCACCUCUGUAAGCUUAUUACGACUAUGCCCGUGUACAAACUGUAUUAUUUCAACGCCCGCGCACGUGCUGAGGGGAUCCGAUGGCUUCUCUCCCUAGCUGGCGUGGAAUUCGAGGAUAUACGCAUAGACAGAAAUGACUGGCCAACGAAAAAGCAAGAAAUGCCAUUGGGAUAUGUUCCUGUUUUGGAGGUGGACGGUCAAAAACUGUCGGAAAGUCAGGCCAUUUCUCGAUACCUGGCUAACACGUUUGGAUUCGCUGGAAAGACUGAUUGGGAGAAAGCUUUGGCCGAUCAGUACGUUGAUGUUGUCUAUGACAUUUUGAGUGCCGCAAGAGCCAUCAGUCGGGCUCCCAACGAUGAGGCCAAGGCAGAAAUCAAGAGAAUCCUUAUUGAGGUCGACGGUCCUCGUAUUUUGGGCCAUUUUGAGAGAUGUUUGGAAUCCAACAAAUCUGGAUAUCUGGUCGGCGACAGCUUAACGUGGGCGGACGUAGUUGUGGCCUCGUACCUUGACAGCUUCAUCGACAGGAUCAGCCCAGAGUUCGGUGAAUUGUUGGAGAAAUUCCCUAAGAUCCGGGCCCAUUUGGACAAAGUUCGCGCUAUUCCACAGAUUGCUGCUUUCAUUGCUAAACGUCCUAAAACAGUAUUAUAAUCCAAAUGCUCAUCAAUGUACACAAUUUAACCACGAGGAAAAAAUAAAAAUAACUUUAAAAACAAGUGCGGUUAUAAAUUCA